ACCAAAUCCAAGAUGGCGGAAGAGGCGCUUCUAGAGGGAGGUGCAAAGGCUAAUAAUGUCAUUGGUGGAAUUACGGCUGCUUCACAGUGGGAGGAAUGACAGCAUCCCAGUUUCCGGUUCCGGCAGUACCGGGGUCCCAGCCGAGAUGAAGGAAGAUGCGAACUGGGUUUGGCUGUCGCUGGGACUGGUUGGUAGUGCGGGUGCUGCAGUCUAGGAGUCCCAGUCUCAGACGCGGCUAAACUGCUGGAGUCUGAGAAGGUAAGCGACCACGGUGCUUGAAGGAUCAGAGUUGCCUAAGGAUCGACUUGUCGAGGAGGCAGCGAGGCAGCGGUUGUCUGUUUGCUCUGCGGGGCUGCAUCGCCAUGGGAAGCCGCUCUGCAGUUUGGGCAACGAAAGGCAAGUCCCUCGAGGCAUCUCGUCCUGGCAGAGGAGCAUGAGAGACUGACAGCUAGAGAAGCAUGGCGAGGGGCAUGCCCGAGGACCCUGAAUUGGCAGUGCAAGAGCCAGACAGAAGGUCUCCGGGCACCAUGGAGGGCAAGCGGAACAUCCAGAUCAUCGAGUGGGAGCACCUAGACAAGAAGAAGUUCUACGUGUUCGGUGUGGCUAUGACAAUGAUGAUCAGGGUCAGCGUGUACCCGUUCACCCUCAUCCGCACCCGCCUGCAGGUCCAGAAGGGCAAGAGCCUCUACCAUGGGACCUUUGAUGCCUUUGUCAAGAUCCUUCGAGCAGAUGGAGUGACUGGCCUCUACCGGGGAUUCCUGGUGAACACCUUCACACUCAUCUCUGGCCAGUGCUAUGUUACCACUUACGAGCUUACCCGGAAAUUUGUAGCUGACUACAGCCAGAGUAACACAGUCAAAUCACUGGUAGCCGGUGGCUCGGCCUCCCUCGUGGCCCAGAGCAUCACGGUGCCCAUUGAUGUUGUCUCCCAGCAUCUGAUGAUGCAGCGCAAGGGUGAGAAAAUGGGUCGCUUCCAAGUGCGUGGGAACCUAGAGGGACAAGGGCUGAUUGCCUUUGGCCAAACUAAGGACAUCAUCAGGCAGAUCCUGCGGGCUGAUGGGCUUCGAGGCUUCUACCGGGGCUAUGUGGCCUCACUGCUAACGUAUAUCCCAAACAGCGCGGUUUGGUGGCCCUUUUACCACUUCUAUGCAGAGCAGCUGUCGCGCCUGUGCCCUCAGGAGUGCCCUCACAUUGUCUUUCAAGCCAUCUCUGGGCCCCUGGCUGCAGCCACUGCCUCCGUCCUCACCAAUCCCAUGGAUGUCAUCAGAACCCGUGUGCAGGUUGAAGGCAAGAGCUCCAUCAUCCUGACCUUCAGACAGCUGAUGGCGGAAGAGGGGCCUUGGGGCCUCAUGAAGGGCCUCUCAGCCCGAAUCAUCUCGGCUACACCCUCCACCAUCGUCAUCGUGGUGGGCUACGAGAGCCUCAAGAAACUCAGCCUGCGACCCGAGCUGGUGGACUCAAGACACUGGUAGCAAGCGGUGGAUGGAGAGGCUAUGGUUUCACACAUUACUCUGGGCCAGGACAGAGCAGGGAAGAUAACUACCCCUGUAAAUGCCACCACCACUCACCCAUCCUGCUCCAAGCCAGGUGGCCUAUCAGGGACAAAAGAAGAGACUUUGGACUGCCCUUGCUGCAGAGGUUCUGUGCCUGGCUUCCCUGAUCCUCAUAAUUUUAUUUCUCCUGCAUAUCUGGGCCCCUCUCUUGGUCCUUGUACUCAGUCAUGGCCUGAAGAUCAACCGCCACAGGACCCUGUUAGCCCCACUCUCUGUCCUCCCCUCAGGCCUGGAGAAGAGCUGCUCAUAGUUUGCUUGUCCCCUGCUUCUUCCUCUUGAGUCUUUAGGCCAAGGCUCUACGUAGCUGCCCAUGAUUUUUUUUUU